UUUCCGAGGGAUCAUUAGAUUUUUGAUCACCAGAUUGAAUAGAGGUCCUAGAAGAAACAGAAGCAAUGUCAACAGAAGAUAAAAACGAAGACAUGAACGACGGAAAUAGAGAUGAGUCCUUGGAAAGCGAAGAUAACAACGAAGAUCUCCUUGGAAUAGCGAAUGAUGCACAGAGUAAAUCUGACGGCGACUCCGACUUGGAAGAAAACUUGGCCAAAACAGCACGUAGGAAUGACCGUUUGGAACGAUCAAGAACAGAAAGUGAAUUGUGUUCCUGUAAUUUUGAAGGACAACCUACGUUAGCGCCCAACGCAGCCCCUGAAGUAGUGGUCUGUGGGCUAUGUGGUAACGCAAUAACUAGGAACCGCACUCAGCAAGGAAAAUUAAACAGAUCCCACGUAAAUCCGAAUCAAACUGAAGAAACCUUAUUAAGCGUUUUUCCUCAGUCAUACAGUGGCCAUUUGCCCACGCUUCCCAGCGUUUCCCUAGAAGAUGAGGUCUGCGGCACCUCAACGCAAGCAGCAUCUUUAAAGACAGUGCAGGCUUCUGUCUCUCAGCUAGAGAAAAUCCCUGUAAUACAUGUGUGUCACCAUUCUGUGCAGUAUCCGUUGCCUGGAUUAACAGUGGUGCUCUUCCUUUUUGAAAGAACCCACCAAGAGAGGAAAGAGAAGUUGUUUAUACUUUAUAUGAUUCCUGAGAAAGAGAGACAGGUGUAUGACACAAUUCGUCAGAGUUACGUAGAUGAGGGAACCAGGCAAGGUUACUCAACAAGACAAAUAUCAUUUUGCGUAAACAAUGGAAGAAGCCAAGAUUUUCACACUGCAUUUGUUCGCGAGCAAAUCAGAAUUUCGUUUCAAAUUGAGGAUCAACAGCAAGAAAACUUUGUCACUCCUGUGGAUGCAAGAGGCCGCGACUUUGUUGUUAGAGUUGCCAACAUUAAAUGUGAAAGCAACAACCGAGUAGCACCAGGAGCCAAGUCCCACUUCCGAGUCCAGUAUGUUGGUGACUCCGAGGACCCUUGUCAAGAACAAGGAAAAAUCACCUUAGCCAUCGAUGCAGAGAGUCAGUGCUGCCUGUACUUUUCCAUCGCCUUUUGGAAUUUAACAGCAGCAGCUGAUUAGAGGUGACAAUAGUGAAAAUUCUCAUGAAACUCAUGUUAUCUACUAAUUACUAUUCUAAUGACUUGACUAUUUAAACAAUCAGUUACUGCGCAAAUUGAAGUUACAGUCAGUAACUCAUAGACCCUCAUACAAACCUUACUUGGUUCCAUUCUUGGCUCUUCUUUUUUCCAACCUCAGUUUUAGUUUUCGAGGUAAACCUAUGGCUGGUGAAUGGAAUUUAAAACUUUGGUUGAAGUUGGCAUUGUAACUCUUGAUACUCUCGGUAUUAAGUAUAAAGUAUAACGUGUUACAGUGCCAAUUUUUAUUUUCAGUCUUUUCAACAUGUUGUCGCUUAGAAUAAGUUCACCAAUCAUGAGUCCAUAAGCAAAGCAAUAAUUGGAAAUAUGCAUCCUGGUAGUGGGAAUGUUCUGCCCAAAGGUUCAACACCCUACUUUUUUCACACAAUAAAUCCCUUUGCUAUGCUGUAAAAACAAAACACAAAAUAAGAGAUACACCAUCAAAGCAUAAAUCGUACAUUAAAUUGGCCCUUGAACUUGAUUUUAAGAACUGGUGCUGUUGAGACCAAUUCCAGUGACCCUUGAAUGAUAUGGUAUCUAUUCCCAUUUCCUGUGACAUGAAGAAACUAGAAACUUCUCUAUUCCUGCGGAUGUUGGUUCAUUACAGGCUUUCCCUAGCAUUUCGUCUUAGUUUCUCUGACAGCUCGGUGAUAGUCAUCUAUUUUUCUGGGCGGAGAGGAACACAAUGACCUGACCAGAACUUGAAAGUGACUACCUCCCAAUCCAGGGUUUAGCCCACAUACCAUGGGGCCACCCCAUCCUCCACCAACUGUUUUCAUACCUAGAUGGAUCUUUUAUCAACCAUUUUCCAUAGAUUAAAGAUAGCAUGACCUGGCUGUACACAGAAUUCCUUACGAUAAACCGUGGGGUUAAGUCUUGGUUGGGUCUUUGUGUUAUGUUAUUAGGAUAGAAAUACACUUUACUUUCGCAUUUCUUCUCCUUACCCACGACAAUAAAAAGUUGCUGGUAAAUUUUUAAGAAAAUUAAAAAGAUGUCAAGGGUAACUAUGCAACAAAGUAAAAAACCACCCAGGGAGAGUUUUAAUACACAUAUAGACAUCUCAUCCAACUUGAACCAGGACAAGUUCUUGCAGAACAGGCUUUUUUGAGUAUUAUACCCCGAGAAAUGUCUGCCCUUUUGCUCGCCUAUGGGUCGUACAAGGUGACCCAUUUUCGCAAUGCAGUCCCAUACUGUCUAUUGUUGGUAGUCCUCUAAAAAAGUAAGCAAAUGUUGCUAAGAAGCAGAAUCGUAUUAUUAAAAAUUAAGCCAAAAUAACUUGUUAAAAUUCCCUUCUUCAGAAUUCCACACCAGUGUAGAUGUUUCCACGCAAUAGACAUCUUAAACAAUAUAUCUACUUAAUCUUUAUAAGACUUUAAGCCUCUCAACGCAAGUUAUUGACCAUAAAAUUAAUGUAACUCGAUGAAAGUUUAUCAGUGAACAUUCUGGGUAAAGGUCAUUCACAAUACUCUACUUUUGAUUAGUAAAUAUAUUAGUUUCAAUGUUCUUAAUUGUGAAUGAAUUAGUGAAUUGCUGUGGAAUUCUUAAUAGGGGCCUUGUAUGACUAUGAAUGGUUUAAACCCUUGAGGCUUUGAUGAGCUGAUACACAAAUAACCUUAUAAUUUGGUGAUAAAGUAAUGAUACCAAGAAAACAAUUAACUGUAAAUGUGCUGUUCUCAGCACGUUCUGAUCACCUUGGUUACAUUAGAGUCUAGCGUCGAAUCACGGUAGGUUUCCAAAUAACUGGCCUCAAUCUACACGUGCUUCACCUUUUGGUCCCAACCUAGCUUUUUUAAAAUAAUAUUUCAUUGAAUAUCUUCCCUAUAGACUCUGUAGUGUGAUUUCACCUUACCUCAAGUUCUUCCUGUUUGUCCUAUAACAUUAAAACAAACAAAACAAACGCAUUUUCACUCAAGAACACUUUCUUGGUAUCAUUAGUUUGGCAUCACGACAGGAGAUGUAAACAUCAAUCUACUAAAGCCUAAUGGUAGAAAACCAUUUCAAUAGUCAAUUAGAGUCUGGUGCAUAUUUGACAAGUUUGUAACUUGUCUGAUUUGCUAAUCUACAGUGUAUAUAGCAGAAUUGCCCUCUGUGCUGGCGCAGGCUUACAUUAUGCAGCUAGGUUAACAAACCCCUAGUAAUAUUGUCCAUUAGAAGCUAUUCAUGUGUAACUGUUUGUCGCAAUGGCUCUGGGUAUUUAUUGCGUCAGGCUGAGUUUUGUUUCGAAGUUACAAGCUGAUAGCUGAGAUAAAUCGAAGCUAAUAAAAAGUUAUCUAUCAUUUCAAUCAUGAUCAUAGCAAAAUACCCUCACACUGAACAUUUUAUUGACAAACAUUUUACUGAUAGAUAUUGGUGACAAACCUGGCAGCAGAAAUGUUAAUAACAAGUAAUGGUAAAAUGUAAUUUGCAACUUGUAAGCAAAUUCAUAAGUACAUCUAUAUAACUGGAUAGCAGCUUGUAAGCAAAUUUUAAUGUACAUGUCUAUAUACGUAUGGCAACUGUGACUAUAGGCAGCUCAGUGUUAAAAAUGAACUUAAGUUUAAAAGCUAGCUACGUGAAAAUUUUUAAGCUCUAUAGGCAAUAAAAAGCAAAAUAAUUUAGUUUUUCUUUAAUAACUUCAAUUUGGACCUGGUGAUCUAGAAAUUGAGUAUUUCAGCGUGCUCAAUUAACUAACUUUGGCUGAAAUUACUAAUACUAUAUAUCCAUUAGUUAAUACAUAAUGUUAUUUUUUUUUUAUCUUCAGAGUAUUUGCAUUAAAGAUCAAGAUUAUAUGUCUUGCAUAAAAUGUCCAAAAUAAUGAAAUUUGAUUCACUUCCUACCACUGUAUAUAGUGCUGGCUGGGAGCGGUCAAUAAGGUGGCAGCUAGUUUUAAUUUUUUUAGCUCUGUGUUACACUUUCCUAUCAGCAAUAAAAUUUUUUUAAGGGAGGA